CUAAUCUGAAUAGUUGAAUCAUUAAAAACGAUUUUUUGAGUACAAACGCCUGCGUAUAUGCAACGUAUUAUCCAAAAAAAAAACUAUCAAACGUUUAGUAUAAAUUGCAUAAACACAGGCUUUACAGCCAAUACUUAGUAAAAUUCAAUCGAAGAGACUUAUACCAGGCUGUAAUUUACAGUUACAAGAAAUUUAGAGUUUUCAUAAAAUGUCGCCUAAAUGUAUGCAAUUCCGAUUAAAAAUCAGAUUGUUAAAGCCUUCCCGUCGUAGGGCUGUAGAAUAGAAAAUUCACAAUUCUCGGAUGAGUAGGAAUGCACACCGGUAAGCAUAGCCCAUACAUGAUCGUGAGUCAUCCUAAGCAAAUCUGUACCGAUCAUCGUGUGUAACGAGGCGCGUACUAUUGCCUAUCACUGGAGCACAAUGUACAUACAGUAGCACUUGCAAAGUGUUUACUCAUUAAUCUAGUUGCGCUUGGCAAACUGUUUCAACAUCACUUCAAACCUUUUAUCACUCUGUCUCCGAUGUGUGUGUGUGUCCAUUUGAUCAACCUCCAAUGGAGGGUCGUCUCACCACAGAUGGCCGGUCGUCCGUAGUUAAUUAUCGACGUCACUCAAAACGGUGACUAAACGGAUGCUGGAGAACGCUUUGUAAACAUGAAAUUCGUUCAUUAGUCGAUAGUCGAUAUCGGAUCCGAUCCGAUCGGUCAAAUGGUUUCACACUCGAUCCGAUCACAAAUUAUUCUACGUAAAAGAGAACAAAGCGGGAAAUGUGAAGCACGAAACCGGCAUUUGUUGUUUGAUUACUUUCUGUCCAACAGGAAAAAAACGAUCUGGGAAGGAUGGGUGAAAAAUGUAUAGCGACAACACUUAAAACGCUUAGUUGCGGAAGGAAAUCAUUGAUCGGUAUAGAAUGGGAAGGAAAAAAAGAAAAACACGAACGUUUGUUCUGUUCUCUUACUAACCAAACCAGAAAAUAAGCACCACACAAUGCAGGCUAAUGCGUUUGUCAAUAGCUUCUUCUUCCGCAUGUAGCAAAACGAUGCGGUGCACCACGGUCUGUGUGAAAUUGUUGUGCACCUCGAUUUAGACGAUGAGCCGACACGAUUAGUGACCUCCACGGGUGCCACCUCAUGCACCUGCCGGUAGGUGAUGCUGUGUUCCGGUUCCGGUCACCGCACUACAAAUUAAUUACGAGCAGUGGAUUAUGUUUUUGUUGUUACUAUUUUUGGGUUGCAUUGUGCGCUAAAUGCACAAGGGCCGGGUGUGGUCACAUUCGGUGGCGGAAGUUGCAAAAAGAAUGGUUGCCCUUUUCCGUUCCGUGGUGUUACCACGUGACGGGAUGGACGCGUUGAUUUUUUGUCUCCCUUCUUUCCUGCCUGUUUCUCGUUGUCCCACGUUGGGAGCUGAUUAAACCAACUUUAGGGCGAGCGGGAUGUAUUUAGGGAAGGAAAACUGGCGGUUGACAAGCAGUUGGCACCUAGUUAGGGCUUCUAUUAAAAGCGCAUUCCCCAUUAGCGUUACAUCGUUGGAUGCGCUCGAUCGGGGCACGACCAGUGGCGACCAUCGAGAGAACAGGACCGUUCGUGCAUUGCAGCCAGCUUGGCAGAUGCAAAGUGGCACAGAUAGCACAAGAUCCGUCCGGCAAAGUCAAUGGCAAGUGCAGUCGUCACCAUCGCUGCCGUUCUGCUAGCUCGCGUGAUAUUUUCGAUGACGAAAAGUGCGAAUUGAUUGCGUUCUUUAACGUAGUGUAAACAGCGUGCGUACCAGAGGAUCUACAAGCCGCUUGUCGCUGAUUGCAGAAAGUUGUGCAACCCCUACACCUUGUAGACCCCGUUUUUCUGAACGCCUUCUACUACCCGGUCGGAUCAGUGCGAUGAAGCAUUUUGUAAAUGGCAAGAAGUUUUAUGGACCUUAUCUGGGACUAUGCGGUGUUCAUUGUGUUCAUCAUAUUCUCCACACUGUUCCCGCUCUGGGGUCGGUUUUUCGGCAAGAAGGAGAAAACCAAGGCCGACUAUGUGUUCGGACUGGGCACGAUAUCGAUGGGAGCGAUGAUGCUGUCGAUCGCCCGUGGCACCCUCGGCGUACGAUCGUUUCUGGGCUACCCGAGCGAACUGUUCUACCGUGGAUCGGCCAUGUGGGAAACGCUGUACGGCAUGGUGACCGCAUAUCCAGUCGUCUGCUUCAUCUUCAUCCCGGUGUACUUCAACCUGGGCGUGACGUCCGUUUACCAGUAUCUGGAUCUGCGCUUCAACAGCCGUCUGGUGCGAUGUCUCGCAUCUGGCACGUACAUCGUACGGUCGCUGCUAAAUCUCGGCGUCACCGUGUACACACCGACCGUGGCCAUGAACACCGUCAUCGGUGUACCGUACUGGGCAUCACUGAUCGGCAUAUCCGCCAUUAGCAUCGUGUUCAACUUGCUCGGUGGUUUGAAAGCGGCAAUCACGGCGGACGUUAUACAGGGCGUGACAAUGAUCUUGAUUUCGUUGGGCAUUAUCGUACAGGCGAUGAUUACGGUCGGAGGGUUCGAUAAGAUAUUCACCAUUCCCGCCAAUGACGAUCGGUUGAAUUUUUUCAACUUCACCGGCGAUGUGACGGUACGCGUGGAUACGACAUCGGCCUGGCUUGGCCAGCUGUUCAUGUCGCUAAGCAUAUUCGGCUGUCAGCAGAACUUCGUGCAGCGCUAUCUAAGCAUGAGCACGUUCAAGGAGGUACGCCGCACACUGAUGAGCAACAUUCCGGUCGUUAUUGUGCUGUUCUGUCUGGCGUGGAUUGUAGGGAUGGGCGUAUACGCAGUGUACGCCGUAUGCGACCCGAUGAAGGCCGGCUACAUUAACAAGAUGGACGAAAUUUUACCAUUCUUUGUGGAGGACAAAUUUGCCUACCUGCCAGGCGUUUUGGGCAUCUUUAUGGCUUCGCUGUUUAACGGUGCACUAAGCCUGAACGUAUCGAAUCUCAACUCACUCGCGACGGUCACCUGGGAGGACUUUCUGUCACAUCUGCCCCGCUUCAAGGGUAUCAGCGAUAAGCAGCAGUUGAACGUUAUCAAGUUCAUCGGUUCGAUCUACGGUGUGAUCGUGAUGGGUGUCGGGUUCUCGGUGGGACUGCUGUCGGGUGUUAUCGAGAGCAGUAUGCUAAUGACGUCGGCCACUUCCGGACCGCUGCUGGGUGUGUUUCUGCUCGCCAUGCUGGUACCGCUCGCUAACUGGAAAGGAGCCGCCUGUGGCAUGGUCGUGUCCCACAUCAUCACACUGUGGAUAACGUUCGGCAGCUUAACCGUGUCGAAGGAGGUUAUACUGCUACCAACUACCAUUGAGGGUUGUACAAACGACACAUUCUCUUCGGGUAUAACGAAACCUACCAAAUCGUGGCUGCUUGCCAACACUCCGCUCGAGGUGGAGUCAGAAUUCUCCUACUUCGACACGACGACACAAACACCGGUACCGCCCGCUACCGGUUUCCCGCAAAAUAUCUAUUCCGUGUCGUACAUGUACUACAGCUUGAUUGGCACCUUCCUAACCGUCGUCGUGGGCACGCUGGUGAGCGUGCUGACGUCUCACACCGACGAUGCGUACGAUCGUAAACUGCUGCAUCCGAUCGCGUACCACUGCAGUAAGAUAUUCCCCGGCAAGGAACGCCGAUACAUCUCCAAUCCGGACAUUCGGCCCAAGGAUGUGGAGUCGGUGGAAAACAGCACGAAAAAAUCGCCCCUCGAAGAGCUCGAGCGUGACAAUCUGGGGUUCGAUACGGUUUCUGAACAGUCUGGUGUUACGGUGGUGAGCAUCGAUCCGAUACCGCCAAAGUUGGAGAGGCCAGAGGUGUACCGGAAGCAUGACACCGAAACCGACCACUAGCCGGUAGACCGGGUAGACGAUGGCUCCUCGUAAGCGUUAUGAAACACUUUAAAGACUGUGAUAAACUCAGAGAAAUUUACCGAGUACGUGCACCACCUAGAUCAAUCAAACACGUUUCAUCACACUCAGGAGGAAUCGCGUUUCCUCCGUGUGUGUUACUUGCCUCUUUGCCACAAUAGUAUUUGCCGUUCGAAUGACAUAAUGGACGCACGAUCGAAAUGUUUUUGUUGUUUUGUUUUGUUUUCUAUCGACUAUAAGCGUCCUAUAAAGAUGGCAAGCUUAGUGAAAAGGGAACGUGUUUUCUAUUCUCACCAUAACGUGCGUUGCAAGAUGCAGGUUAAUGUGGUGCUAGCAAAAAAAAAAAUAAGGAAAAUAGUCAUAAGAAUAGCAUAAGUGUACGCACAUGUCUAGACACAUGACAUUGUGCUUGCGACAAUGGGGUAGGGUCACAAAUGGAAUUUAUUUCGUAUUUAAUGUAGUAUGUAAUGCAAGAAAGUACAAGCAAAAUAAAUUAUGCAUAAAUAAUAGAA